AGUGAGUGCGAUACCUCUAAAAUCAUCAGAUUGGAGGAGCUGCGUUUUUCUGAGAAAGUAACCUUAAGUGACGGUAAAAGUUCUGAUAGCUUUGAAAACGAUGACUAUUUCUAAGAAAACCUUGAUCCUGUUUUCUUGGGGGGCAGGUGCACCUGUUCUGCAUUUGUGUAGGGAAAAGUGCCUGCUAGGGCUGUCAUCAAUUACACGGAGCAGCUGUCAGUAACUCUGUGAAAUUAAUGUUAUUGUGUGCCACACAAAGACGGGUCAUAAAGCAUGUGCAGAUGCAAGACAAAUGGGUGAAAGCACCACUUCUCAGCCUGAGCUCAGACAGUCUGACCACAGAAUUUGUGUGCAAUUACCUGAUUUUGUCAGCUCCAUCUUAACUGGAUGAUACAAAGCUCUCCUUAAUCAAAAAAUCUUCAGCCACCUACAGUCUGGACCAUGGGAAGAAAGAUAAAAGGCAUUUCUGAAUUCUUCUCAGAGAAGGGCUUAUCCUGGAAUAUGUACAAUGUGGUGAGCCAAAGACCAGAUCCAUAGAUCUACUUGAUCUUAGCCCUGACACAGAUGUCAUGGCUUUAGUAGAAGAAAUUCAGAAAGGAGAACCUCUCAUCACAGCUUCGUGCAAGGAACAGGUCAUACAUUUAAUACGAAGAUUGCAAGAGAAGCUUGGGGAACAAGAGGAUCACAAGUUCUAUCUUUUUAAGGUACUUAGGGCACAUAUAUUACCACUGACUAAUGUAGCAUUUAACAAAUCCGGUUCCCGCUUUAUCACUGGAAGUUAUGACAGAACCUGCAAAGUAUGGGAUACUGCAUCAGGAGAAGAGUUACGUACACUGGAGGGACAUAGAAAUGUUGUCUAUGCAAUAGCUUUCAACAAUCCGUAUGGUGACAAGAUUGCCACUGGAUCUUUUGAUAAAACCUGCAAAUUGUGGAGUACAGAAACAGGAAAAUGUUAUCAUACUUUCAGAGGACAUACAGCAGAAAUAGUAUGUUUAUCCUUUAAUCUUCAAAGCACCUUAGUGGCAACUGGAAGCAUGGAUACUACAGCCAAGCUGUGGGAUAUAGAGAAAGGAGAAGAAGCAGUCACUUUACGUGGGCACUCAGCAGAAAUUAUUGCGUUGUCUUUUAACACCACAGGAGAUAGGAUUAUCACUGGCUCCUUUGACCAUACAGUUGCAGUGUGGGAUGUUGGCACUGGCAGGAAGCUACAUACUUUAAUAGGUCACCGGGGAGAGAUUAGCAGUGCACAGUUCAACUGGGACUGCUCUCUCAUUGUUACUGGAUCAAUGGACAAAACGUGCAUGCUGUGGAAUGCUAUGACUGGGACACAUAUAGCAACUUUGACAGGUCACAGUGAUGAAAUAUUGGAUGUCUGUUUUGAUUAUGCUGGCCAGCGUAUUGCAACUGCCUCUGCUGAUGGCUCAGGAAGAGUUUAUAAUGCAGAAACAAAAAUGUGCAUUGCAAAGAUAGAAGGGCAUGGAGGUGAAAUUUCAAAGAUAUGUUUCAACCCUAAAGGCAACCGUAUACUAACAGCCAGCUCUGAUAAAACUGCUCGACUCUGGGAUGCUGCUACUGGACAGUGCAUUCAGAUACUAGAGGGUCACAAUGAUGAAAUAUUCUCCUGUGCUUUCAAUUACAAAGGCAAUAUAAUCAUUACAGGGAGCAAGGAUAACACCUGUAGAAUAUGGCGCUGACUGAAGACAAGGAAUGAUCCAGUUUGGCACGUGCCUUGACCAACAUCAUGAAUUUCAUAGUCAAUAAAUAUUAGUUUUCCAGAUCUGUUUUCUUUUACUCUCUUUGUUGGGUUUCAGCUUUGCUGAAGUAGACAAGUUACCUAGAUUUUUACAGGUUUGAGUUCACUGACGUCUCCUAGGUGUAGAAUUGUGCAAUCACGGAAUAGUUGAGGUUGGAAGGGACCUGUGGAAAUCAUCAACUCCACCAUCCGCUACUCAGAGCUGGGUCAACUAGAACAGGUUGCCCAGGGCUGUGUCCCACUGGGUUUUGAAUAUCUCCAAGGAUGGAGACUCUACAACCUUUCUGGGCAACCAACCUGUUCCAGUGUUCAAUCACCCUUACAGUAAAAAAAAGUAUUUUCCUAUGUUUAAAUGAAAUUUCCUGUGUUUCAAUUUGUGCUCAUUGCCUCUUUUCCUGUCACUGGAUGCCACUGAGAAGAGUCUGGCUCCAUCUUCUCAGUUACCUGAUUGUGAAUGAACCCGGUAGGCUGGCCCCACUUGUUUGUGUGUAGUGCUUUUAAUAAAAAAAUAGCAUUCUCAAGUGUGAAAGGGGUGUUUUUAUGCAUCUGCUUUAGGUACUUUUGUAUUUUUUUUGUUGUUUCAUAAUAAAGGAUUGUGUUAAAAUA